AUGGAUGACGACCAGCACAAUUGCAGCACGACAAGCCAUUUGGAUUCGGAGGUAGUGCAAGAAGCGACGAAUAUGUGGCAGGCGCCAAAACGGGUAACGGCCGAGCAGUCACCGAUAACAGUGGACCACGGGGCGGGGAAGGAGGUACACUUGCUAUUGAAAAUGGUGAAUAGGCUGCGCCCAUACAUCCCACCAUCGCCGAACAACCGGUUGUUACGGGUAGCAGUGUAA